GGCCGCGGAAACCCGGAGAGCGCUGGGGAAGAGGUGCCUCAGGCCCAAUGGCGACUGCGGAAGCAAGCGGCGGCGAUGGGAAGGGGGAAGGGGUCGAGACCUCAGUCACCUAUUACCGAUUGGAGGAGGUGGCGAAGCGCAACUCUCCGAAGGAGAUAUGGCUGGUGAUCCACGGGCGAGUCUACGAUGUCACCCGCUUCCUUAACGAGCAUCCUGGCGGAGAAGAGGUUCUGAUGGAACAAGCUGGUGGAGAUUCAACUGAAAGCUUUGAAGAUGUAGGCCACUCCUCUGACGCCAGAGAAAUGCUCAAGCAGUACUAUAUUGGUGAUGUGCAUCCGAAUGACCUUAAACCUGGAAGCGGUAGCAAGGACCCUCCGAAAAACAGUACAUGCAAAAGCUACUGGUCCUAUUGGAUCUUCCCCAUCGUAGGCGCUAUUCUCUUAGGUUUCCUGUAUCGUUACUACAUGGCGGAGAGCAAGUCCUCCUGAGGAGACCUUGUUGAAGUCUGGAAGGCAUAUCCUCCUGGGAUUGAGAACUAGAGACUUGUUUGGAGGAUGCAGCGGUGCCCUCUUCUCGAAUCCUGCCAAUCGUAUUCUUCCCCCUCGGAGCCCAGACUGUUGGCCAGACAUCCACCUCAGCCCCGGGACCAGUGUCCAAGUCAUUUCUCAGAGCCUUACUCUCCAAGCACCU